AUGACGAUGAGACUUCAGCAGAAGGAGCAAGCUUUGCAGGUCACACGCCAGGCACACAGCGAACUGCUAAAAGAGAAGGAUGCAAAAAUAAUGAAACUCCGAUUAGAGUACGACAAUAAACUACUGAAGCUGCAGACCAAGAACAGUAAAGUGCAGCAAGCCGUUAACCACAUGACAUCAUCUGGAAGCGAAGUGUUUAGAAAGAAACUUCAGCACAUCAAAGCCGAGUCUGAACGAGAUAUCGCCGCUCUCAAGAAACAAAGUGAACGAGCUGGAGCAGAAGCUCGCACGCAGCAGCAACACCAGAUGGCGCCUGCACCUCUAUCCUCUGGAGCAAAUACCUCCCUUAGUAAGAGGAGAAAUUGUAAGUCAAUCGAUAGUNUAAUAAGCGAGAGAGCGCCCUAG